AUGGUGGGCGAGCAGACGCGAAACGCUUGGCGCGGCGCAACACUGCGUGAUUCUUACGGAAGGGAAGAGAGUAAUUGGACACCAGGUUUCCGGCUGGAAACAUGUCGGCUUCGCGAGGCCAGGAGCUGCAUGGAUCGGCGGUACGGUGAGCGACCAGCAAAGCAAGGCGCUAGGGUGGAGGCUCCCUGGACGCAUCUCGUUGGCACAAAUACCUCCGAACCGCCGGGUGUGACCAACACCAAUGUAGGAUACGAGUCGCCUUCAUGCAAGUAG